CAGAGAGGUUUGAAGCCAGGGCCACAUACAGUUAGACUCAAUCUGCCCAUAAGUAACCUGGCUGUUUGUGUGUAUAUAUAGAUAUAUAUAUACAUAGCUAAUAUUUUAUAAGACAGAGCUGUCAGACAGGCACAUGACACAGCAGCCUCCCCUGGCCAUGAUGCUGUGAUCUAGCAGUGCGCGGGUCACUGUGCAGCCUCUCCCCCCCAGCUCAGAGCAGUGGAACCCCUUGGCAAAGCAGCACAGAGGGAUGGUGGUAGUUUCGGGGCAGACUGAAAACAGAGGGACCCCUGACGAUGCCAUGUCGAGUUCUGAUGCUGAGGAUGAGCUGAUCGAGCCUGCUACGCCCACCCCGAGCAGUGCCACCUUCUCCUUGCAGGGCAAGCUACUCCCGCUGCAGGUAAGGGCUGUGCCAGGCUGCGUUCAGUACCGAGCUCAGUGCCAGGCUGAGUAGAGUGCCAAGCUCAGUGCCAGCCUGCACCGUUAGCUCUCUGACACAGCCAUCUGUUCUCCAUUAGCAGCCUGUCCCAUCCCUCCUCCUGCUUGCACACAUUGGCUGACCACAGAGCCUGCUGCCGGGGAUUGGUGCCCUUUAAUGCCCAUCAAACAGAAAGGAAAGUCUAAUUUUUGCUGGACACUAUGUUUUAAUAUACAUGUGAACCCAGGCAUUGUCAUUGUGUUUCUGCAUGUGCCCCUUGGGGCUGCUGUCUGUGAUCAUAUAGUUAUAGUACAAGGUACCACUAUUAUAAUCGAAUUCAGGUACUCUUUGAUAAAUAUAACUUGAUAUAUUUAUCACACGUUCUAUUUAUCAAAGAGUACCUGUGUAUAUGUAUAUAUAUAUAUAUAUAGUUAAUUUGAAAGAGUUGUACAAAUUGAGAACUCAGCAUAAAUAUUCCAUUGGUUUCCAUGGUGAUUCAGAACGUGGCUCCAGGUUCAGAACGUUGCCACAGAGUUACACUUAGAGCCCAUCUAUUAAUUGUACAUAGUUUUUAUAUAUAUAUAUAUAUAUAUAUAUAUAUAUAAGUAAAAUAUUUUUUGAAAACGCAAUCAUCCUAAGGGUCAUUUCUACUAAUAAAGCACACCAAAACUUUGGCUAUACUAUUUAACUGCCAGCUGUCAAUCUCACAGAUUGUAAACUUGUUUGAGCAGAGCCUUCUUCACCUCACGUCUUUUAAUAUUUUGUCACCUACUUGUUGCCAAUUCUUCCCAUUCCAUGAAGUGCUGAGGAAUAUGUUGGCAUUAUAUAAAUGAUAUUAACUGAACAAAAAAAAGAAAACAUGGACAGUAUUUCUGAUCUAGUGAUAAGCUGAUAUACCUGCAGAUGUGCGGACAUCUGAGACUUGCACACCUGACACACCUAUCGCAUGCCUGUGAUUCCUUCUAGAAUUCCAACCAAUUUAACUUGCUAAAAUAAAAAUGACAUAAAAAAGUCCAGUGCAAGAUUUUAACAGAUCCAAAAAAAACCCUACUCUUUUGAAGUUGCUAUCUCUCCUGAUGUAUUUCCAAUAUAGCGUUUUUAGCAAAGCAUAUCUGAGCACUUGGUAAUCUACUGUUUGUUUGUUUUAUAAAACUUGUUUAAUGUCCUUUGCAGUCUAUUUGUAUCAGUGAUAAAAAGACCAAUAUACUGUACUCUUCUUGGUGCUGCUUAAAUUCAUUUACAGUUAUAUAUUCCUUUGCAUGUGUCUUGGGAUCAUGGAGAUUGUACUCACGACAAGGAAGAACCCACAAAAAUACACCUUUCACCCUACCCCAACCAUAAUAAAAUGCUUCUUCCUUUUAUGAAGUGAUAAUAGCAUAUUUGAAACUUCUUUUACAUUUUUUUAUUACACAAUAAAACAUUUUUACUUUGAAUACCAUUUCCAUAUGAUCUCCUUCAAAUUAUUAUUAUUAUUGCCAUUUAUAUAGUGCCAACAGAUUCCGUAGCGCUUUACAAUAUUAUGAGAGGGAGGAUAUAACUAUAAAUAGGACAAUUACAAGGAAACUUACAGGAACGAUAGGUUGAAGAAGAAAUUACGCCUAGUUUGUGAAUUUUAAAGUGUAAAUUACCAGGAGUCUAAAUUAUUAUUAUUACUAUUUAUAAAGCGCCAACAAGUUCCGUAGCGUUGUACAAUGGGUGGACUAACAGACACGUAUUUGUAACCAGACAAGUUUGAUGCACAGGAACAGAGGGAUUGAGGACCCUGCUCAAUGAGCUUACAUGCUAGAGGGAGUGGGGUAUAGUGACACAAAGGGUAAGGGUAGGGUAGAGAAGUAGGUGGCUAGGAUAGUGUUCAUUGAGGGCUUAGUGUUUUGUUUUGAUGACAGUUUCAGGAAAGGAAUCAGUGUGUGGGGAGGGGAAGCUGUUCACAAUUUAAUUGAUAUGCUUUCCUAAAGAAGAACGUUUUCAAAGAUUUUUUGAAUGAGUGGAAAUUGGGUGAGAGUCUAACAGAGAGGGGAAGGGCGUUCCAUAGGAAUGGUGCAACCCUAGAGAUGUCUUUAAGGUGAGCAUCAGAAGUGGGAGUAUGAACAGAGGUUAGACGUAGGUCUCCAGCAGAGCGUAGGGGCCUAGACGGGACAUAUUUGUGCAUUAGUGAGGAUAUGUAGGUGGGAGCAGCAUUGUGUAGAGAUUUGUAAGCAAGUGUCAGGAUUUUAAAUUGAGCCCUUUAUCUUACGGGAAGCCAAUGGAGGGACUGACAAAGGGGGAGGCGUGGGAAUUGCUGGCGGACAGGAAAAUGAGCCUCGCUACCGCAUUCAUUAUAGACUGUAACAGGGCAAGUUGGGAACACGUACGACCACUGAUAGGCAGAUUACUGUAGUCAAGGCGAGAGAGGACAGCGGUAUGGACAAGCACCUUUGUUAUAUCAGGUGUUAAAUAGGGUUGGAUGCGCGAAAUGUUUUUGAGAUGGAAGCAGCAGGAUUUGGUGAUUGAUUCUACAUAAAGGGUGAAGGAGAGGUUGGAGUCAAAGAGAACACCUAGGCAGCGAGCCUUAGAGGUAGAGCAAGGGAGAAGCAACACAUGGAGGGAAGACCAGAAGUUCUGUUUUGGUCAGGCUCAGUUUAAAGAAAUGAGCAGCCAUCCAGUUGGAAAUAGCAUAUAGGCAGUCAGAGACAUGAGUCAAGAGGGGUAGUGAGAAGGGGAGGAGGGAUAAAUUUGCGUGUCAUCCACAUAGAACUGAUACUGGAAGCCGAAGGAGCUCAAAUGUUUACCAAGGAAGGCAGUGUAGAUUGAUAACAAUAGGAGACCAAGGACAGACCCUUGGGGAACACCAACAGAGAGGGUUUGGGUAGAAGAGGCAGAGCCAGAGAAGGAAACACUGAAUGAGCACUGGGAGAGAGGUAGGAAGAGCACCAGCAGAGAGCGGUAUCUCGGUGACCAAGAUUACGGAGGAUGAGAAGAAGCUGUUGAUUAUCAACAGUGUCAAAAGGAGCAGAAAGGUCGAGGAGAAUUAGGAUAGAGUAGGGGCCAUGGGAUUUAGCAGUUACAAGAUCAUUGUAUACUUUGGUCACAGCUGUUUCAACAGAGUGAAGAGUGCGGAAUCCAGAUUGAAGUGGUUCAAGCAGAGAGUUGGAUUCGAGGAAGUCUGUCAAUCUUGAAUACACAACUCGCUAAAGGAUUUUGGAGAGAAUCGGCAGUAGUGAGAUAGGGCGGUAGUUGAACGGGGAAUUAGGGUCAAAGUUGGGCUUUUUCAGAAAUGAACUUCAAAUGUUAGGCCGGAAUAACUGAACUGAAUUUCUCACAAUUUGCACAUUAAUUCACACUGCUUUUACAAUUAUGAAUGUUGCAGUGUAAGCCAGAGAAUUUGAUGAAAAGCUUGAGAUAAAAAAACAAAACUGAUUAUUGAAUGAGGCCUGGGUACAAUUUAUGAAAUACACUCCUAUAGCAUUUUUUCCAUGCUUUGAGUUUACUUGCCCUUUCCCCCCGUGCAUAAUAUAAUUUUUUUUUAAAUUACUUUGCAGUCAAGGGAAGUAAGCAUUCACAAUAUUUCAUAGGAAUACACUUGCUUGGGGAAAAAUGUUCAUGUGAGAAAUAUCAGCGUUUUAUAAGCUUCAAUUUAGAAAACAAAUCAAAUUAAAAAACAAUAGUAUUGAACCAAUGAAAAAGUGAGGGGAAAAAAGUGGGUGCUUGGUUCCCACCUUUUUUACUCAGUUUUUCAUUGGUUUAAUGCUAAUGUUUAGUGCAGAUUCAGAGUAUUAGUAUAGUAUUGAGGAAAAUAUAAAGGAUUAUUUAAUGCUUUCCCAAGAGGCCUACACGUUGUUAUCUUUACACUGUAAACUUGCAGGCAAAGUCCUUUAUGUGUUUAUCUCUGCCUCUCACAUGUGGUCUUUAAAUGUCCUUCACUGAGUUUUAUAGAAUUUGGUGGCUAUAAAGGUACAUAAUUUAAUAAUAAGACAUAAUUUAGUAACAUUGACAGUAGUUCCUGAUUAAACAAGAAAUAUAUUUUAAGCCAACAGAUUAGGUUUGCAUUGCUUAAUGGCAGAACAGUACUAGAUGUUUAUAAUAGGGAUUUUUAUAAUUGUACAUACAUUCAACUCCCACCCUUUUCCCACCAAUGCAAUGAGAAUACUCAGGAAAUCCAGGAAGAACAGCAUGUGGAAUAUAUUCCAAAGAAAACAGGCAAGAACAUUAUUUAUUGCUGGGAUUCUAAUCUCCGCUGACAGUACGUUGACAAAGAUUUCACAGAUGUUGUAAACGUUACAGGGCAUUGUCUGGCUUGAUGACCUGGAAGAGAGAAAGUUUGUACUGGCUGAUACGCCAUUAAGAUUUUUUUUUUUCAAAUGUGCGAAAUGAAACCUAUGAUUAAAAUGAAAAGUUGUUAGGAACUCACUUUGAUUUAUUCAGUAAAAUGAAUUUGUGGGAAUUCAAAGUGAUUUGGAGCUAAGAAUUUUUUUUUUUCAUUUUUAUUUAUUCCUUUGUUUUUCUGCACAUGUUUUUGUGGUAACUACAAGUUGGCAUCAUCUCCAUCAUCAUCCAAGUUGUUACAAAAUGUUUAAUUGUUUUGUAUUUUUUAUUUUUUUUGCAGCUUCCUGAAGUAAUUCCACUUAAUGUGGGAGGGAUGUGCUUCACGACUAGACUAUCGACGCUUCAGAGGUAUGAGGACACCAUGUUGGCUGCCAUGUUCAGUGGGCGCCAUUAUAUCCCAACAGAUGCUGAAGGCAGAUAUUUCAUUGACAGAGAUGGAACAUGUUUUGGGUAAAUGUUCAGGGACAAAUGUUUUCUGAUCGGUUGUAUUCAUUUAAUUAAUAUUUAUACUGUCCUAGCACAUGACCCUCUUCAUGGAGUACAAACAGCCAUGUGUUAUAUUGGUUUUAGUGGUGUUGGUGAAGUUUUAUAGCCUAGCUUGCACAAUGUCAUGAAAAUUAAAUCAGUGCUGUACCAUUGCUGAAAACAAACCCAUGGGUUUGCUUUAAAGAGCAUUUUGAAAUUGUGGAGCCUCUGUACCUUUUGUACCUCUGUAAAGACUUAUUUCCCAUUACUGGAGAUCAUCAUAUUUAUUUGUCAGUGGGGAUAAAGUUGAGGAUCACUGCAAUUUGUAUUCAUAACCCAUGCUGAAUGCUGUCUAGUGGUAAUGUCACUGAUCGUGACUGAUUUCCUUUGAGUUAUAGCUUCAUCAGUUAACGUUAAAGGGACACUAUAGUCACCAGAACAACUACAGCUUAAUGUAGUUGUUCUGGUGAGUAUAAUAGUUCCCUUCAGGCUUUUUUCAUGCAAACACUGCCUUUUCAGAGAGUGUUCAGGCAGUGUUUACAUUGCCUCUAGGGACACCUCCAAGUGGCCACUCCUUAGAUGGCAACUGUAGGUGCUUCCUGGGUCAGUGCUGCCUAAAAGGCAGCCCUGACGUUCAGCGUCCCCAAGCUCUGCAUGGAGACGCAAAAUUUUCCUCAUAGAGAUGCACUGAUUCAAUGCAUCUCUUUGAGGAGGUCCUGAUUGGCCAGAACGGCAUUUGGCCCCGCCCGUUCCGAUUUUAGCCAAUCCAAUUCCUUCCCUGAGGGCAUUGGAUUGGCUAAAAAUCGGGCAUUUUGAUGAUAUCACAAACGGGGCGCAGCCCGCACUGGCAGACCCUCGUGUCGCUGAAAAUAAGAUGAGUUUUAAACUUUUAUAGGGGGGCAAGCCACCUAAAUGGUGGGUUAAACACUAUAGGAAUACAUGUUUGUGUUCCUGACCCUAUAGUGUUCCUUUAAGAGCCCUACUGAUCACUGGUGAUAUAGGCAAUAAACAACAGGACUUUGGUAAGUAUUUUCUCUUUUAAAUGUAGCCCCCACAUUUUAAAAAGCCCAAUAGAGUAAUUUAUUAACAUUGGCAAUCUAGUUUAUCUUGUGUCUCACCAGAAUGCAAGUAGUACAGAAUACAUAUACAAAAUACCAUUAAAGGAACAGUGCACACACACACAAAAAAUCAAAUACAGUUUAAAAUUUUGCAAGGGUAAGGUAUGUUUAAUGUCUUACUGUGGUGAAUAUUAAAACUUCAAUGAUUGCUAAUUACCAGUCAUUAAACAUGUCAAUAUGUUUAGUAGCACGGAAACAACUGGUAAUCGCUAACAUCAGCAUUGUGCCCAAGUUGCUCUAUGUUUUGAGAGACUGUUACUGUAAAGCGCUGCGGAAUUAUAAUAUUAAUAAUUUACAGUCACUCUGUACUGAUCUAGUAAGACACAAUGGAGUCCUGGAAGAGAAAUAUUUUUUGUGCAGGGUGAAGACCAGCUGUGGAGCAAAGGAAAGGGUAAGUGGACUAAAAUGUAUUUAGCGUUACUUUGCAAUAUGAAAAGGUGAUAUAAUCUCCCUUUUAAAAAAAUAAAACAUAUUAAAUAAGUAUGUUGUGAUGUUAAUUAAUUAAUUUAUGUAACUUAGCAACCCUAGUACAAAAUACAGUCAAAAACAUGUAGGAAACUGUUGAUACCAGAAUGGUUAUACUUAAUGGAAAUAAUCCUGUUUGACAAAUAUUGAUGUGCAUUGGUUUUCAUUUAUUCCAAUUUAAUAUUUAAUAUUUUAGUUGCAAUACUGAAUAUGUUCCCUACCUUACCACUCAUCACCCAUAAAUCUUUAUUAAUAAGUGCUUGGGGGAACCCACAAUGUUAUGGGUGCUUACCUAUAAUAAGAUAAUGUGCAUGGAGUUUAAUUGAUGUUUAAUUGUUAUGUGACCUGUAACUCUUGCAUACUGUAGGUUACAAUGCUUGCCAAAAUUGUUUGUUGUAUAUUGGAAAGACAACAGAACAGUUACGUAAACAUUGUUUGUGGCAGUGUUAAUUACUUGGCCCUUUUAUUUUAAGUAAAUGGGCCCAGUGUAGUGAAUCCUUUCAAUCACCCACUUUGCUUUCAGGUAAUUUCUGUGCUUAUAAUUGUAUUUAUUUUUGAUUUUCAUUAAAUACUCUUUGCAAUGGAAGGGCCUGCUGGGGAAUGUAUUUAAUUAUGCAAAUAAAAACAGCAUGCGAAAGCUGAAUAAAUCUUAUAUCCAAGCCCUCCCCUGCUCUUGAGCUCCACUAUUUGCUCCACUGAGCUAAAUAACCAGGAAGUAACAGGACUGGAGGUCUGAUUUGUCAAAGUGCAUAUUUUGAGGCCAGCUUUACUCGUGAAUGAAUCUUGGGCUUUUAAUUGUGUAGAGCGAUGCACAACUAAUGAUCCCGUUUAUCUCUGUUAGUAUAAUUGGCCAAAUAUUGCCAAAUUCAACAAAAAAACCAAAAAACUUAGUGUAGACUAGGUUUGUUAUAGUUGUUUUCUGAUUUACACUGAACAAAAUUAUAAAUGCAACACUUAUUUUUGCCCCCAUUUUUCAUGAGCUGAACUCAAAGAUCUAAGACUUUUUCUAUGUACACGAAAGGCCUAUUUCUCUCAAAUAUUGUUCACAAAUCUGUCUAAAUCUGUUAGUGAGCACUUCUACUUUGACGAGAUAAUCCAUCCACUUUACAGGUAUGGCAUAUCAGGAUGCUGAUUAGACAGUAUGAUUAUUGCACAGUGUAUAUAUAUAUAUUAUUUAUUUUGUCCAAACCAAGCAAAUGUGGCAGAAAAAAAUAUUCUUAAUUUUUUGAGUCUAGACCCUUUUAAAAAGUGAAAAGUUGUUGACAGGUGUCUUUGAACUUGACUGCUAAGGGCUUCAAGUCAGCAUGAAACACACACUGUCCAGGCUUUGUAGUGCGUGUAUCAUAAGUAAUGCGAAUUAAACUCCCAUGCUAUAGACUGACCUCUCCUGUCCUUAAAUAACCCUCAAAGUUGGAAGGUAUGCAUUUUAUGCAAUGCCACUUAAUUUAGAAAAAUAUUCUCUGCCAUCUCAAGCAAAGUUUUUGAACAAACUCCACAGAUACAUUAAUUUGGACUACACAUUACUAUGGAUAUGGACGAUCGAUAUCAAACAAAUUCCCUAUCAAAUUCCUGAGAUAAGUGCCAGUUGAAGUAAAUGUGACCUCAUCUUUGUAAAAUGAAACCUCUUGCAGGAAACAAUUAUUGGAGAGGUAAAUAGAUUUGCAUGAAGAGAAGGAAGAUUUUAAUAAAUACAUAAAUUAUUCUGUAAUUGACAGUGCUCAUAACCCUGUUCAGUCAACAGGGUUAUAUUUAUAUUUUAUAUAUUCCGGGUUGCAGUUUGACUGGACAGAAUAUACGUAAAGUGCAUAAACAUAGGUGAAUACAACAAUUUAUCUUUAAAUGACCUGUUAAUCUGUUCACUGUUAAUAAUCUGUUAGAUUUGAGUUUUGUUGUUCUCUGUGAUUUUGUUUUUAGAGACAUCCUGAACUUUCUGCGCUGCGGAGAGCUGCCUCCACGAGAUCGUGUGAAAAAAGUGUACAAGGAAGCUCAGUACUACUCAAUUGGUCCCCUAUUGGACAGUCUAGACAAACUGCAGCCACUUACUGGGGAGAAAGUAAGACAGGCGUUUCUGGACCUGAUGCCAUAUUAUAAAGGUAUUAUUUGUUCUGUUUGUGAAAUGGAAUUUCAGUGGUGGCAACGCAGUUUGUUAAAGGGACACUACAGUCACAAAAACAACUUUAGCUUAAGGAAGCAGUUUUGGUGUAUAGAUCAUGCCCCUAUAGUCUCACUGCUCAAUUCUCUGCCAUUUAGGAGUCAAAUCACUUUGUUUAAGCAGCCUUAGGCACACCUCCCUGCAUGUGACUCACACAGCCUUCAUACACACUUCCUGUAAACACUCAUCUAAUGUUUACACUUCCUUUACUGCAACUUCUGUUUAAUUUAACAUUUCCUAUCUCCUAUCUCCUUGCUACACCUUACAGGAGCCUAUUCCGGAACAUUUCAAAUUGCAGAGCAGGUGAUAAUUCUUUUUAUAGCUGACACUACAGUUACCAGAACAUCUACAGCUUGUUCUAUUUGUUCUUGUGAGUAUAGUAAGUCCAUGCAGGCUUUUUGCAGUAAACACAGUUUUUCAGAGAAAAGACACUGUUUACAUUACAGCCUAAGGAUACCUCCAGUAGCCACUCCCCAGAUGGCUACUAUAGGUGCUACCUGGGGCAGCUGCACACUGUGCAGCACUGACAUUCACUUUCUCCACCCUCUGCAUGGAGACACUAAACUUUCCUCAUAAAGAUGCAUUCAUUCAAUGAGGAGAUGCUGAUUGGAGCAUUCCAGAAGGAAAUACCAGAAGGAAUGGUAAUUUUAUGGCAAGACAGGAGGCUUCAUAUUUGCUUUAUCCCAGGGGCGUACCUAGAGCAUGUGGCACCAGGGGGGGGGGGCCGGGGUUUGGCACCCCCUUGCCCCUCCCCCCCAUCAAAAAAAAACCAACUUCAACAUUUUUAGAAAAGUGUUCUUUGUUUUACAUUUUACAUCUUUUUUUUACAUUUUUAAAUGUUGAACAAGUUUGUAAACUUUUUAAAACCCCUUCCCCCUUCUACAAAAUACCUGCACCCCCUCACACACAGUUACAGUUACACAGUUACAGGCACACAGUUACAAGCAGACAGUCACACAUAUAGUCACAGGCAGUCAUACACACAGUUACAGGUUGAGAGUUACACACACACACACACACACACACACAGUCAGUUACAAGCAGUAACCAACAGUCACACACACUGUUACAGACAGACAGUCACAUAUACAGUCACACACAGGGUCACAGGCAGACAGUCAUAUACAUAGUUACAGCCACACACACACACAGUUACAGGCAGCUAGUCACACGCACACAGUUGCAGACAGUUACACACACAGUAUGUUACAGGCAGUCACGCACACAGUUACAUGCAGACAGUCACACAGACAGUUACAGGCAGCAUCACACAGUCACAGGCAGACUGUCACGCACAGUCACAGGCAGUCACACACACACAGUUACAGGCAGACAGUUACAAACACAGUUACAGGCAGCAUCACACAGUCACAGGCAGACUGUCACACACAGUCACAGGCAGUCACACACACACAGUUACAGGCAUGCAGUCACACACACACAGUUACAGGCAGACAGUUACACACAGUUACAGGAAGACAGUUACACACACACACACACGCAGUUACAGGCAGACCGUUACACACACACACACACAGUUACAGGUAGACAGUUACGCACACACACACACAGUUACAGGCAGACUGUUACACACAAACACAGUUACAGGCAGACAGUUACGCACACACACACAGUUACAGGCAAACCGUUACACACACACACGCACACACAGUUACAGGUAGACAGUUACACACACACACAGUUACAGGCAGACAGUUACACACGUACACACAGUGUCAGGCAGACAGUUACACACACACACAGUUACAGGCAGACAGUCACAUACACACACACAUAUUUACAGGCACACAGUUAUACACACACACACACAGUUACAGGCAGACAGUUACACACACACACACACACAGUUACAGCAGACAGUUACACACACAGUUACAGACAGACACACACACACACACAUAUUUACAGGCAGACAGUUAUGCACACAUACAGUUACAGGCAGACAGUUACGUACACAUAGACACACACACAGUUACAGACAGUCACACACACACACAUAUUUACAGGCAGACAGUUAUACACAUAUACAGUUACAGGCAGACAGUUACGUACACACACACACACACAGUAACAGGCAGACAGUCACACACACACACACACACACAGUUACAGGGUCAGGCAAACAGUUACAGACACACACACACAGUUAUACAGACAGAUAGUCACACAUACACACACACACAGUUACAGGGUCAGGCAGACAGUUACAGACACAUACACACACACACACACAGUUACAGGCAGACAGUUACACACACACACUCACUCACUUACAGACAGUGUGGGUUGGAGGAGUGGAUUCUCUGGCCUGAAGUCCUUCCCAGGUGGAGGAGCAGGGAUUUCUUCUUGCUGCACCUCCAUGUGCAGCAGUAACAGCAGCUGGUAAGGCCCCUUGUUAAGCCCCGCCCCGCUCUCGGAUUGGCCCCACCCCUAAAUGUCCAUAGCUCCGCCCCCUUAUUAAUUCCGUGCGGCGAGUUCAUCUUGCUGGUCUCUCCGUGUGAGCUGUGCGACACCCCAGCUGCCGUGGGGCGCAGCUAACACAUCCCCCAUUAGCCCUCAGACCAGGGUCAUGGCACCCCCCUACCAGGUGGCACCUGUGGCGGACCGCCCCCCCCUUAGUCCGCCACUGCUUUAUCCUUCUAUACUGAACCUCCCAGCAGCAAAGAAAUUGUUUAACAAUAGUAUAAAAAUCAACCAAUCAGAACACAUCCAGUCAGUAUAUUGUGGCAGUGAGACGCCUCCCACUUUCUCUUUCUUUGCUGUUUUCCCCCCAGGUGAGUCAAUUCUGAUUAUAUUGGCCUUUCACAGUUAAUUAUACUUUUUUUUUUUUUUUUAAUUACUAUAUAUUUUACCUUAUGCUAUUGUAACAUUUACAUUGUCUUACCUUUUUUAUGUGUUUAAUAAUUUUACAUUCUUGGUAUAUUUUAAAAUUUUUGUAUCCCUUGGGCCGACCUUAUGUCGGCCCACAGGUUUCUUGACAGCACCUAGCUGUCUUUCCUUGUGUACCUUAUAACUCAUUCUACUUGCCGCAAUCUGAUAACGGCUUAUUUUAGUUUCCCGAAACUCUGUGUUGAGCCGCACUAGCCGCGAGUUGUUUUGUCUCUUUUUCACAACUUUUUUUUCCCCACGUCUCUCCGUGACGCGAAUAAGUCGCAGCCUCAAUUUCUGUGCGGACGGCCAUUUUGUAUUGGUGGUUUUCUUCCGAAUUCAAACAGCAGUUUAUCUUUGUAUCAGUUUACCUUCUACAGCGUUUUUUUUUUCAAUAAGUCUUUCUAAGCAAGUUCCAAGGUAAUUGCUUGCUAAACAGCAUUUUAUGUUUUUUAUUUGAUCAUUUAUUCUGUAAUCAAUAUAUAUUGUAAAUAUGUUUUUUAUUUCAUUUAUUUCUAGGCUCUCCUGUCACAUGUAGGUGACAUUACUAGCCCUUUAGAGAUUAGUAUAAUCCAAACAAUUAUCUGCCUUAAGGGUGACCCCCUUUAUUAACAGGUGACCCCUGUUUGCUACAGUGGUACUUUCUGCACCACUUAAUAGCUGUAUACUGCGUCUGUUUGCCAUAAUACAAAGUGGGUGACCCCCACAGACCCUCGCAUCUUUGGGUAACCCCCAUAUGCUAAACUAACUGGAAAGAUAGCUGAGAUUCUGAUUAGCUGAUAAACUAGAGCAAGCUUUUAGUGAAGUUUGUUAGUGCUGGCAAUCAGCCAGGCUAGGUUUUAAAUUUAAUGCCCAAAUGUCAUUGAGUUUGCUAAACAGUCAAGAAUAUAUUCAAAGAAAUAAUAAAAGGCUAAUUAACCAGUACAACAGCAAAUUAGCUAGAGUGUUAGUGAUCCAGAUAGUGUUAAUGCAAAUGAUAGAACACUGUCUAAUAGAGAUGCUAGUAUUAGGGUAGAUAAACUAAGCUGUGUUUUAAUCAGUACCUAAUAUUCUAAUAAAACUGAAUAUCUAAGCUUCUAAUUAUUAUACAGCAAUUAUCUAGAGCUGUAUUAUACAAUAUAUAGUAUCCUGUGCUCUGCCUUUGUGGGCACCUAUCGUCUGAGGAGAGUAAGGUAGCUAUAAAUACUAUAAAAAAAGACAGCUUUCAUUCCCCCUAGCAAAACGUGGCUUGGCUCAGGAAUCUACUUACCUCAGCAUUCUUCACAUUUGAAUUCUUCAUCUCUUAUUACGAUAGUUAGCUGUACCUUUGGCACACAGAUAUUCUAACGUUUAUAACGCCUAAGAAGUGGCUUUUUGUUUAGUGUGAAGCCGUCAUUUAUUGAUAAAAUUAAACCUGAUAGAAGCUGACUAUGACCUACAGGUCGUGGACGAAUACUGCGUGGGGUAUUCCGAUGAUGAUUUCCCCAAUGAUGUGCAACAUGUUGAUACUCCUUAUGUCAAGGAGUCUUUUGUUAAACAUCCUACAGUUUCUAAAAAUCCUGCCAAAACCUAGGAUCAAUCUUCUUAUGCCUUACUAGACUUUAGUGGCCAACCUUUUUUUCACCCCAGGAUCAUUAAGCAUGCCCUCUUGGCUUAGUGGGCACCACCAGACCACCACCAGUUUUGCAGGAUGUGACUACUCAAACCACUUGAGAGGGAAAUCAGGAAUAAAUUGAUGGCUGAAUGCCCCCGUCCAACCAUACCUGAUAAAGUGGCUCAAACGCCUGAAUUUCACCCAAGGGCAAGGGCCUCGAACAAGGUCUGAAAACUGUUCAGGACAAGUUGCUUGACAUAGCAGGUUUCUUUAAUACAGAUCUUUUAUAUUGGCUGAUAAAGCAAUCACUGAGGCUUCCCCAUAUGUUUACUAGACAACGCCAAUUUAGCUAUCUCCACUGAACGUUGCAAAGCCGAAUUAUAAAAAAUAGACGCAAAGUUGGCAGAUUUGAGUUCACAAGAACUCGUCCCUGAAGCUAAUGGCCUUUUAUUUGGCGACCAGUUUAUGAGGGAUCUUAACAGACACGUCUCUGUUUUUACCUUGCUCAACAAGGCCCAAACGUCCCUACGCAGAGUUUUCCGCUCCCAUUGUUUUUCUGGGAGGGCCGGUCACCACAGAGGCCGAGCUACUGGCAGGACCGCCUUCAAAGGUUACAGGUCUCAACCCAGUGUCUGGGUUUCACAUAGAUUUUACAUCAGACCAACUUCAGGAAUUCCCUCCAUAACCCCUACAUAUAUCCCUGUCAGACACCGCAAUCCUACACUCAAAGCUCUGCAAACUUAGAGAAAAAGGUGCGAUUGAGUGUUCUCCCUGCCCACCCAGGUUUAUCAAUAACAUUUUCCUGGUUCCGACGAAAAAAUACGACGAAUUCCGCCCUAUUAUCAAUUUAAAAGAUUUGAACUUAUUUAUGGUAUAUUGCCACUUCAAAAUGGAGGGCAUACACAUGCUUCGCGACCUUCUCUGCAAGGGAGAUUGGUUCUCCUGCUUCGAUUUAAGAGACACAUACCUUACCAUCCCAGUGACAACCUCACACCGUCAUUUUCUAAAGUUUUUCUGGCAACAAAACCUCUGGCAAUUCACUUGCCUCCCUUUUUGUCUCUCUUCCACCCCCUGGAGUUUCACCAAACUGAUGAAAUCUGUUAUGGCUUCACUCAGAUCUCAAGGUUUUUGAGCCAUCAUCUAUCUAGACGAUAUUCUUCUCACGGCUCAAGAUCCAGACACCCUUCAAAGACACACGGAGAUGACCAAAUCUCUCCUUCAGAACCUCGGAUUUGUAAUCAAUUUUGAGAAAUCAUCCCUUCUUCCGUCUCAUUCUAUUCUGUUCCUAGUAUUUCAGAUCGACUCCGUCCUUUUGGUCCUUCAGCUUCCAGUGUCAAAGAUAAAUUCCAUCAAAAAGGAUAUUUGACGACUACUGUAUAAUGCAUUCAGCUUCGCGAUGUAGCGCGAAUCAUAGGGUUACUCUCAGCCUACAUCCAGGCAAUUUUCCCAGGCCCUUUACACUACAGGGCGAUACAACGUCUAAAAACACAUUAUCUUUGCAGAUCCGAGUCAUUUGACCAACACAUUUUUCUAAUGGAAGAAGUCAAAUUAGAAUUUAAUUGGUGGCUCCAGAACAUGGAGGCUUGGAACAAGAAAGCUAUCUUCGGAUGCCAACCUGAUUUUAUCCUGGAAUCAGAUGCCAGCCUUCCAGGCUGGGGGGGGCAACCUGUUCCAACCUCUCCACAGGCGGACUCUGGACACCGUCAGAACGCACAAUGCAUAUCAACUGCCUCAAACUGCUCGUGGGAUCCUUUGCGAUCCGCAGUUUCCCAAGGAUGUUUAUGACUGUUCUCUGAUCCUCAGGAUGGACAACGUUUCCGCUGUCUGUUAUCUGUCAAUCGUUUACGGGGUUCACGUUCAAAAAGCCUCUCAGACCUCAUGGGAGAACUUUAUCAGUUCUGACUGGACAGGAAUCUCUCCCUUCAAGCAGAGUAUCUCCCGGGAUCAGACAAUCUCGUGGCAGACUGGUUCUCCAGACACUGGAGAGACGCCAGCGACUGGCCCCUAGAUCCACGUAUCUUCUAUCAUCUGCAACUACUCUGCGGACCUCUCCUUUUUAACCUGUUUGCCUCCAGGCUGAAUCGUCAGACUGAAGCCUUCUUCAGUUGGCUACCGGAUCCGUUAUCCCAGGCAGUCGACACCGUUCUGCACCCAUGACUGUUAACAGGAUUGUACGUUUUCUCACCCUUUUCAGUGAUUCCGCAAAUUUUCAUAGUCUCAGAACUCUUGGUGUCAAGAUUCUCCUAAUAAUACCACUCUGGAGAGCCCAACCUUCUGGAAAUGUCGGUAGAUUACCCGCUACUUCUUCCGGUAUUUCACGAUCUUCUCAGAGAUUCAUCAGGGGAUUUCCAUCCCCUAGCCAUUCAAGGUUGUCUUUGGCUCAGGGGAUCCUGGUAUAUCUCAGGACUUUCACACACUGCUCAAGGACUCCUCUGGGAUUCUUGGGCUCCCGGAACUCAUAGAGCAUACCUUUCUGCAUGGCAAUUCUGGACUAGCUGGCGUUUGGACAUUCGCUUUCAGACAUUCUAGCUUCCGCUUAUUGGUCUCGGGAAUCCACCUUCCGUACCUUCUAUUUCCGUCCUACUUCUCACGCAUCUUCUCAUUUAUUAUCUUGACGUCAAAACAGCAAAUAUGAAGCCUCCUCUCUUGCCAUAAAAUUAGGGAUUAUUCUAACGUCAGUGACCGAAUAAUCUAAAUUUUAUUAAACAUAGGAGGCGAAUAUUUUCCCACCCGGUACAUUUCUUAUCUCUUUUCCUUUAAUUCACUCCCUCCCCUUUUCUCCAUACAUUUGCGAACCUUUGUUUUUUUGCUAAAUGGACCUGCAGAUAAGUUAUGUUUUUUUUCCACUUAGAACACCGUCUUAUACCUGCAGACUAUGACUAUUUCAUGAUUUAAAUUGAUUGUUAUUCUCUAACAAUAUAUUUAUAUUUUGCUUUUUCAUAUAAAAUUGACACAUUUUUGCUCAUUUAUUGUGCAUUAUUGUAUGACUGCCAGUCUACCAAUUACACCAUACUUUCACAAAUUUUCUUUUUGUUUUAGAAAAUCGUUCACAUUUUCUUUGACCCAUCUUGUGGAUUGGUUAAUCUCUAUCUGCUUUACAGGGUUGACUACAGUUAUUUAUGGUUUACACGGUUGACUUCAAGUUAUCGGCUGCAUCAAGAAAGAGGAAGUGGGAGGAGUCUCACAGCCACAAUAUACUGACCGGAUGUGUUCAGAUUGGUUGAUUUUUUUAUACUACUGUUUAACUGUUUGUUUGCUGCUGGGAGGUUCAGUAAAGAAGGAUAAAGCAAAUAAUCGCCUCCUGUCUUUAAUAAAAUUUACAUUAUUCGGUCACUGAAGUUAAAAUAAUCCCUAAUUCGCAUUACAUAAGGUAUUUACUAAAGGCACAUUUGGAAGGUGUAAAGAGUAACGCAAAAGCCUCCUGCAGGCAAGCUGUCGUCUGACGAGUUUGUUAUGAAGGAUUCUGCAGGUGCCAUCUUGGAAGGCUCAGGUCAUGUGCAUAAAAACCCUGAUAUCUCAGGAUCCUGGGCUGAGGUCUGCGCAGUGCUUUGUUUUCUUCCCAUUGAUGUAUUGCAUCUAGGGUGCCUCUCCAAGCAAUAAUAGGCAUGCUUAAAUGGCUGGAAAAUCAUCUCAAUUGGAUAAGAAACACAGAGCUGCUGUGAUAUGCAUCUAGCUCGCAUGGGCGCUGGCUCUGCCCGACGCCCCCACCGCUGGUAGUUCCACCACUGAUAUUUCUCCUGAUCAGAUUUGUAGACAUAGUACAAGUCAGGUAGAAACUUUUUCUUUUUGCAGUGCUAUCAUUUGUAGUAUUUAUUCUUUUUUUUUUUGUAUAUUAGCAUGUACUUUUGUAUCCAGUUGGGAUGAAAUGUGUGGGUGAAGUUUUCAUCAGAUUAAAUUCUCUUGUAUAUUAAAUUAUUGAGUGCCUGCUGAUAGCUGCCUGUCACAUUAGAAAAGUUCUUUUGUUUUCGCAGUCUUAAUAGCAGGCCUUAUUGUUUCUUGUUCUUUCAUCAACUGUAUAAUGAAUAAUUCACUGGUGAUAUAUCAAAUUAAUACGUAAAGCAAUACGUAAAGCAAUAAGGACGUUUAAUUUUAGCUUGCCUUUUAUUAAACUUUGUUCUUUUGUAAGGUAUGACCAAGUCCCAGUACCUGUGAAUUAUUUUCAGUUUACCAAUCUCAAGUUCUAAACAUUGGAUUUUUUUUGGAACCUUCUGUUAGUCUUUUUUUGUCCCAGUGUUACUCUAAGGACCCUGGGGCGUGAUCUCUGGUUGACAUUCCAAAUCUAGAUAACUGCGGCAAAUAAUAUUGAUGUUCCAGGUAGCUGGGAUCACCUUUACAUCUAGUAAUGAGUUGUCCCAUUUAGAAGUUUCCGAUUCAAACCCAUGAGUUUUUUCAGGUGUUUUCAAUACAUCUGGCUGUUCAUUCAUUCACAAUGGCUUUUGCACUUUACACAGGCCUCAAAACUUUGUGCAACUCAGUGAUAUAUUAAAGGUACUGCCAUGUGCCUAAUGUGCAGAAAUUAUCUAUCUGCAUAUUUGACUGAAAGUAUUCGUACCCUUACUGGCACCCUUACAUAUUAAUAAAAUACUGUAAUGCACCAUGCACUCUGAGCUCUAAAUGAAGUGUUCCAAAAUGCAUGUUGUCAAACCACAGUGCUUCUGGGAGAAUGUCCUUUGGACAGAUGGAGCUCUUUGGAAAAUAACAACGACUCUAUGUUUACAGAAGAAAAAAAGAAGCAUUGAAUAUGACGAAAGAUAAGAACCAUUUGGCCCAUCUAGUCUGCCUUAUUCUCAAAAUACUUUAAUUAGUCCCAGGCCUUAUCUUAAGUCUUGGAUAGCCUUAUGCCUAUCACACAUGCUUAAACUCCCUCACCAUGUUAACCCCUACCUCUUCAGCUGGAAGGCUAUUCCAUGUGUCCACAACUCUUUCUGUAAAGUAAUACUUCCUGAAAUUAUUUUUAAACCUUCACCCCUCUAAUUUAAGACUCUGACCUUUUGUUGUGGUACUUUUUGUUCCUUUAAAUAUAGUCUCCUCCUUUACUGUGUUGAUUCCCUUUAUGUAUUUAAAUGUUUCUAUCAUAUCCCCCCUGUCUCGGUUUUCCUCCAAGCUAUACAUGUUAGGAUCCAUUAACCUUUCCUUUAAGUUUUAUCCUGCAAUCCAUGAACCAGUUUAGUAGCCUUUUUCUGAACUCUUUCCAAAGUAUCAAUAUCCUUCUGGAGAUACGGUCUCCAGUACUACGUACAAUACUCCAAGUGUGGUCUCACCAGUGUUCUGUACAAUGUCAUGAGCACUUCCCUCUUUCUACUGCUAAAACAUCUCCCCAUACAACCAAGCAUUUCCUGCUGCUCUAUUACAUUGUCUGCCUACCUUUAAGUAAUCUGAGAUAAUUACUCCUAAAUCCCUUUCCUCAGAUGUUGAGGUUAGUAGGGUAUCAAAUAUUAUAUACUCUUCCCUUGGGUUUUUACACCCAAGAUGCAUUAUCUUGCACUUAAGCACAUUAAAUGUCAGUUGCCAUAACUCUGACCAUUUUUCUAAUUUACCUAAUUUAUUUGCCAUUUGGCUUAUCCCUCCUGGAGCAUGAACCCUGUUGCAAAUCUUUGUAUCAUCAGCAAAAAUACAUGCCUUACUAUCAAGACCUUCUGCAAUAUCACUAAUAAAAAUAUUAAUGAAUGCUUAAUGAAGUUGUCUGGGUGUCAGGUCCCUCUAGGAUUAACCCUUUCUGCUGUAAACAUAGCAGUUUCAGAGAAACUGCUAUGUUUACAAAUGGGUUAAUCCAGACAGCCACUAGAGGCACUUCCGCGCUUUUCAUUGUGAUUUUUCACAGUGAAAAGACGCCAGCGUCCAUAGGAAAGCAUUGAGAAUGCUUUCCUUUGAGACUGGCUGAAUGUGUGCGCGGCUCUUGCCGUGCAUGCGCAUUCAGCCGAUGAUGGCAGAAGAAGGAGGAGAUUCCCCAGCACCGAGGGAGCCCGGCGCUGGAAAAAAGGUAAGGGAUUAACCCCUUCCUCAGCCUAGAGCCCAGCGGGAAGGGGGCCCAGAGGGUGAGGGGGACCCAAGGACCCUAUAGAGCCAGGAAAACGAGUAUGUUUUCCUGGCACUAUAGUGGUCCUUUAAAUAGAAUGGGUCCAAGUACAAAUCCCUGAGGAACCCCACUGGUAACAAUACCUUGCUUCGAAUAUACUCCAUUGACUAUCAUCCCUACCAUUAAACAUGGAGGAGAACCUGUGAUGUUUUGGGGUGGCACUGGAAUCUGUGCUGUCAAGGCAUUCUGGAGCAAAACAUACAGUGAUGUAUCAGGAAGCUGUGACUCAGUCAUAGAUCAUGGGUCCUCCAGCAAGAUAAUGAGUACAAUAUAUUUUUUUCACGACAUGCUCAUUUGUUUUACAUUUAAAAUAAAGGAUAUAAAAUACUUUUUUCAAUUCAUACUUAGAGCUGAGAAAAUUGUGCACUUUUCUAAAAAUGUAGAAAGGUACUUUCAGCCACAUAUCUUUCUGUCUGUCUAUGCAUCCAUCUGACCAUCCAUCUAUAGCCAUGUUGAUCCAGUCAUUCUAAUGCCAAAAUAUCCUUUUUUCAUCAGAUCAGAAAUAAUACUAUAUACUAUACUAGGAGUAAGCAACUGGAUGGUAGCUCAGUGACAAAAUUAGUACCAUGCCUAUUUUUGUAAAGUUCAUGUAUGUUGAGGAAUUCUGUUUGUGUUAUGUAUGGGUGUGGCAGAUGCUUUGUGAGGUUGUAUAUAUGUGCGGCUUAUAUGUUUUGUACAGUUGAAUCAAAAUUAUACAACCCCCAUUGAAAAUCAUGUUUAUUGUCAGAAUUAACAGACUUUUAGCUGUUUGCAAUCAACAAAUCAAAGAAAAGCAAUAAAAAGUGGUUUCCCCAAAUUCGACUGAAAAUGCAACUUAUAAUGACUUCUCCAGUCUCACAAUUAUUCAACCCUUCAUGGCAAGCCUCUUUAGUACUUAGUACAGCUCCCUUUUGCUGCUAUGACCUGCUGCACUCGAGAUUCAUAGCCAGACACCAGCUUCUGGCAGCAUUCCUGAUGAAUAUUAGCCCUUUGCUCAUGAACAAUGGCUUUCAGUUCAGUAAUAUUAUUUGGUUUGUGGGCUGCAGCUGCCUUCUUUAAAUCCCACCACAGAUUUUCUAUGGGGUUCAAAUCAGGUGACUGUCAUGGCCACAGUAGAAUUUUCCAGGACUUCUUCUGCAACCAAGCUUUGGCAAAUUGAAAGCGACCACUUGUACGAACGCUGACCACCACAUGCUGCUGACCAGCCUAAGGAUACCUAUCCACAUUAGAUUAAGACCGAGACCAAGAUCAGCAUAUCCACAGAUGUGGAUUGUACCAUCCAAGCGCAUAUAUCUGGAGCUGAUUUCAAUCACUAGCAUUAAAAAUACUAAUACUAUUUUCUGUUUUAUUUGUCUUCUUGUUUUGCAUAUCGUUCCAUCUUUAUUUGAGUUGAGGACACUUGUGAAGGCACUGCUUCCCUGUAAUCCCUUUCUAUUACUAUUACUGCAUAUAUUGAUUGGAAAUAAUCUCAAUAUAAAGGAAGCAAAUCCAUACCCAGAAGAAUUAAUCUGCCAUGGUUUUUGUUCUGUGUGCAGACACUCAUUAAUACUGAUAAAGUACGGAUUCGGAAUUCUGAAACUAGGAAAGGUCUUCUCCUUCAAUAAUACAUUAAGAGUUAGAGACCAAGUACUUCAGUUAAAUCCCUGACAUCAUUUAUUGUAUCAUUUACAGAGGUCCAGGCCAUGCACCAUCCUACUCUAUCCUUUCAGACCUUGUAACAAGAAAUUACUGUAUCAAAUGCUAAUCUGUAUAUCUCUUGUCUUAUGUGGGACUGUGGACGAUAUUUUUAUGUCUGGUUGCGUAGAAUUUAAUAUAACUGAUACAGAAGCAAGUAUUUCUUUCAUUAAUAUUUUUUACUCAACAGUCAAUAACUCUCUGUGGUCCCAAUUAUAUCUGUCUCUUUCCUAUGAUAGGAUCUACCAUCCUUUUUCUUCUAUUUUAGAAAAAACAAGACUGCUGAGAGAAAAAAAACGAAUACAAAACAGUGUGUAACAAAAUAUUCUAUUAAAAAAAUGUAUAGAAAAGUGUCCCAGAUCCUCAGCUUUCUAAACAAUGAUAUUGUUCAGUGUUCUAAUAUACAACUCUUAUGCGAAAAAACAAAAACAUGCUGAAUUCACAAUGCUCUUAAAGUCAGAGGGAUUUUCAUCUCUUGAUAAUGUGUCUGUAUGGAUAUAUAGUUAAGGCUGUUGAUAAUUUAGUGGAAUAAAUGGCUUAUUGGUUAAAGAAAUAUGCAUGUAUUAUUAUGGCAUUAGAAUAUAAUAUAUUAUGAUAUCAUGGUAUUCGUUUUGUUGACCUGUGAGGGAUGAAACACUGAUGUGACCUGAGAAUAAUUUCAACGGCUCUCUAAAGUCUCAUCCUUCUCAUUAGUACACCUGGUAGGCAAUUGGAAAGGCCAGUAAAAGUAGCAGGAGAACAUUUUUUUUUUUUCAUUUUUUAUUGGGAAGGAGCGGAGGGCUUCAAUAUAACAAACAUAGAAUAGUCAUAUACAUAUUUAUAGGCAUAUAUAUCCAUUAAAUAAGUCACAAUGAAGUACAUUAAUUUUUUAGCAAACAUUCUGUAUUAAAAUAUAAUUAAGUCAAUUAUAAUUUUCAAAAACUGAAUAAAAAAUAUGUUGUGCAUAAUGAGUCAAACCCAUGUUCUCUCUGUGUUUUAUUCUUAAUUACUAUUUUCUUCCUUGUUUUUCUCCUUCCCUUUUCUCUCCUCUUAAAGUGACACUGUAGUCACCAAGACAACUUAAGCUUAAUGAAGCAGUUUUGAUGUAUUGAUCAUGCACAUGCAGUCUCACUGCUCAAUUCUGUGCCAUUUAGGGGCUAAAUCACUUUGUUUAUGAACCCUAGUCACACCUCCCUGCAUGUGACUUAAACACUUCCUGAACAGAGAAUUUCUUAUCUCCUGCUCUGUUAAUAGCUUGCUAGACCUGGCAGGAGCCUUCUGUGUGUAAUGAAGGAUUAAUUUACAGAAAAGGAGGUAGAAACCUUUAAAGUAAGUUACAUCUAAUUGAAAAUGAAACUCUUUUGUUUUUAUGCAUGCUGUGUAAGCCAGGGAAGUUGUGGCUAGGGCUGCAUAAACAGUAACACAAGUGAUUUAACUCCUAAAUGGCAGUGACUUAAACAGUGAAGUUUCAGAAGUAUGAUCUAUACACAAAAAACGGCUUUAUUAAGCUAAACUUGUUUUGGUGACUAUAGUGUCCCAUUAAAUUUAAAUGCAGAACACACCAUCCAAAUUGAGUUAGUAUGUUAGCAAAAAGUUACAUGGACUACUAGAUAAUCUCCCUUUUUUUUCUUUGAAAAAGUCAGCAGGAAAGGUGUGGGGUUGCAUGAAGGAAUCUUCCUAUCAUCAAUGACACAGAGGGCAAAGUUCCCAUAGUAACGCACCUCAACUUAUAGUUACUAUGGGAACUUUGCCCUCUGUGUCAUUGAUGAGUUAGUUAAAGAGACAUGUGUCCAUCAAGUUCAGCCUUCCUCACUUUUGUUUCUUGAUGUUGAUCCAAAAGAAGGCAAAAAAAACAGUUUGAAGCACUUCCAAUUUUGCAACAAACUAGGAAAAAAUCCUUCUUGACCCCAGAAUGGCAGUCAGAUUAAUCCUAGGAUCAAGAAGCUAUAACCCUACAUUGAAAAUGUAUAUCCUUGAAUAUUCUGUUUUUGCAAGUAUGCAUCUAGUUGCUGUUUGAACAUCUGUAUGGACUCUGAUAAAACCACUUCUUCGGGCAGAGAAUGCCACAUCCUUAUUAAUCUUACAGUAAAAAAAAAAACUUUUCUGUGCCUUAAACAAAAUCUUCUUUCUUCCAGUCUAAACGCAUGACCUCGUGUCCUAUGUAAAGUCCAGUUUGUGAAUAGAUUUCCACACAAUGGUUUGUAUUGGCCCCAAAUAUAUUUGUAUAAUGUUAUCAUAUCCCCUCUUAGGCGACAUUUUUCUAAACUAAAGAGUUUUAAAAAUGUGUUAGCCUUUCUUCAUAUGUUCCAUUCCUUUUAUUAAUUUUGUAGCUCGCCUCUGCACUUUUUCUAGUGCAAUAAUAUCCUUCUUUAGAACAGGUGCCCAAAAUUUCACAGCAUAUUCAAUAUGUGGUCUUACCAGUGAUUUAUAAACAGGCAAAAUGAUAUUCUCAUCCCGAAAAUGAAUGCCCUUUUUCAUGCAUGACAAUACCUAACUGGCCUUAGCCAAUGCUGAUUGACAUUGCACAUUGUUGCAUAGUUUGUUGUCUAUAACAAUGCCCAAGUCCUUUUCGUGUGUUGUUAUCCCUAAUUCGCUUCCAUUAAGGGUAUACGUUGCUUGUGCAUUCUUUACGCCGAAGUGCAUAACUUUGCAUUUUUCAACAUUACAUUUUAUCUGCCCUUUAAGUGCCCAGUCCCCCAGUCUAUCUAAAUCCCUCUGCAGCAAAGUAAUAUCUUGCUCACAUUGUAUUACUUUACAGAGUUUUGUGUCAUCUGCAAACACUGAAACAUAACUUUCAAUGUUUUUUUCAAGAUCAUUUAUAAACAUGUUAAAUAGAAGGGGUCCCAGAACAGAACCCUGAUGGACACCACUUGCCACCUCUGUCCAGCUUGAAAAUUUACCAUUAAUGACAACUCUUUGUACUCUAUUUUUAAGUUAAUGUUCUACCCAAGAACAAGAAUUUUCACCUAGACUGAUUUCUUUGAGUUUGAACACUAAUCUAUUGUGUUGAACUGUAUCAAAUGCCUUGGCAAAAUCCAAAUAGAUCACAUCCACUGCAAAACCCUGAUCUAUACUUCUACUUACUUCUUUGUAGAAUGCAAUCAAGUAUGACAUGACCUGUACUUCAUAAAAACCAUGCUGAUUUUUGCUGAUAACCAUGUUCUUCUCAAGGAACCCUUGAAUAUCUUUCAAAUGCAUUUACAGCAGCAGAAGUUAAGCUCACAGGUCUAUAAUUUCCAGGCAAGGAUCCUGAACCCUUUUUGAAUAUAGGAACCACAUCUGCCCUCCAAUUCUCCGGAACACUUCCUGAAAGAAAAAAAUCUUGAAAGAUUAAAAACAGAGGUUCACUUAUUUCUACAUUUAGUUCCUUAGGUACUCGUGGAUGAAUACCGUCAGGCCCUGGAGCUUUGUUUGUAUUAACUUUCUUUAGUUGCUGCAGCACCUUGUCUUGAGUUAACCAAUUACAAUUUUUCUGCAAGUUUUAAGCAGCAAUCAUUUGCACAUCUAUUGCCAUAGAUUCUUCCUUAAUAUAUACGGAGGAGAAAUAGUUAUUUAAAAUUUUUGACUUUUCCUGGUCUUCAUUAACUAACACCCCCAUUUCAGUUUUUAGUGUACAUACACUUUCAUUUUUUGGUUUUUUAGAAUGUAUGUACUUAAAGAAUUCUUUGUGGUUGGUUUUGCUCUCUUUGGCUAUCAUUUUGAAGUUUUGCAAAUCUAAUCGCCUUUUUGGACGCAUUAUUGGCUUCCUUAUAUCUUUUAUAGGAUGCAUCUGAUUUGUCCAAUUUAAAUGUUUUAAAUGCCCUUUUCUUAUUUUUAAUCUCUUGAUUUACUUCUCUAAUAAGCCACAUUGGUUUCUAUUUGUUUCUUUUAUAUUUAUUACCCAAUGGUACAUACUGAGAAAUGUACCUAAUAUUUGUUGGAAGAUGUUCCAUUUAUCCUCAGUGUUCUUUUCACUAAAGAGUUUAUGCCAAUCAAUAUAUUGUAAAGCUGCCCUUAACUUAUAGAAAUUGUCCUUUUUAAAAUUAUAUUUUUAGUAUACCCCAUGUGCUUUUGUUUUGUUUUUUUUAGUUUAUUUCAAAGGACACUAUAUUGUGAUCACUAUUUCCCAAACACUCACCUACUUGAAUGUUGGUCAAAAGAUCAACAUUGUUUGUUAGAACCAGGACCAGACAAGCGUCAUUUCUAGUUGGUGCUUGUACAAGUUGUGACAUGAAGGUGUAAUUUAACAAGUUCAAAAACCAUUCCCUUUGCAGAGCUACUAGUCCCUCUAUCCCAAUUUAUGUUCGGGUAAUUAAAAUCUCCAAUAAUUUAAUUGUUUGCAGCUUUCUCAACUUGCUCAAGCAGCUGUUGAUCCUCAUCAAUAUUAAAAUUAGGUGGUUUAUAACAUAUUCCAACCAAUAGUUGAUGUCCCUUCUUUUGUCCUAAGCAGAUAUUUAUCCAUAAAGCUUCCACAUUUUCCUCAUCACAUUCCACUUGCUUAAGAUUAAGUGAUGGAAGGUGAUUGUGACAGGGUUGGGAGGUGAGUAUGAGAGUGCGAUAUAAAUUGAGUGUUAAGGGAUUAGGGAGGGUUAGUGUUAUAGGGGAGUGUUGCAGAACAAUGGGAAGAGAGUGUGGCAUGGUUGAAGCAGGUGUUUGUGACAGGACAGGGGGGUUAAUGUGAGUGUGGCAGAGGGAAGUGGGAUGGCUGUGUGGGGGUGACAGUAUGUAAGUGGGCUGACAGUGUGUAAUGGGGGACGAGAAUGUGGGUGGAGAGCUGCAAUGUGUGUGGGCAAUUCUGGGUGGAGAGCUGCAGACCACGUGGUAGAGGUCUUGCAAGGUCCAGUACUGGAAGUGGAAGAGCGCUCUGAUUGGCCAGAGCUCACUGACAUCUACUUCACAGUCUGCAGCUCUGUACCCGAACUAGGCUUUCCCUCCUCUGUUCCGACCUGCUCUCCUGGGCUCUCCCUCCUCCGUGUUGGGACCGGCUCUCCCUCCUCCAUGUCAUAACCGGCUCUCCCUCUUCUGUGUCAGUACUGGCUCUCCUGAAUUCUCACUCCUCCGUUUCAAUACCUUUCUCUACUGGGCUCUCCCUCCUCCGUGCCCUCCACAUUUUUCACAGGCCACCUGGAAUCCUUUGCCCGACCGCAUGUUUUUCUGGCCUGCCUGAAGAGUAACCAUUCAACCAUUUAAUUGAUUUAUUACUUACACAUUGUAUUACAUCAGUGGAGAAAGGAGAUAUCCUUUUUGUGACUGUUGCCGUUUUUUCUUCAGGUGAGAUAUUACACAUAUCUUAUUGUUGGAUCCCUUGUGUACAGGUCCACUGGGAAGAACAUGAGUGAAAAUGCACUGAAACGCAGUCAUAAUAAUAACUUGAUUACAAUAUUAAAAUAAUACAUCAUGUCUAAUCACAUUUCCACAUGUUUAUAUGUUUAUAUUAAAAAUACAUUUCACAUAUAUGUUAAACAUAAUUUUAUAUCAAUUAUGUUGUUUCAUAUUUUUUCCAUUAAAAAUUGCUAAUACUUUCUUUCCAUUCCCCUCCACCCACCCAAAGACCACUUAGAGCGCAUCAUCGAAAUUGGAAAACUUCGCGCUAUGCAACGGAAGGCCCGCUUUGCAAAGCUGAAAGUUUGCGUGUUUAAAGAAGAGAUGCCCAUCACCCCUUAUGAAUGUCCUCAAUUCAACACACUGCGUUUUGAAAGGAGUGAGAAUGAGACAAAACAUUUUGAGCACCACUGUGAUGUUGAUGUGUCCUUUGGACCUUGGGAAGCUGUUGCCGAUGUAUAUGACCUCCUUCAUUGCAUAGUUACUGAUUUGUACGAGAGAGGCAUCACAGUGGAGCAUCAAUGUAUUGGAGUAUGUGACAAACAUCUCAUAAAUCAUUAUUAUUGUAAGCGCCCCAUCUAUGAAUUCAAGAUUACUUGGUGGUGAAACAUUAUUGUAGAUAUAAUAUUUUAUGGACCAAAUUUCUGCUCACAUUGUAAGUUUGAUUGUGUUUCAAACUAGGUUGUGAGAAGACAACUAAAGGGUGAAAUAUGAAGGAAAGCCUGAAAUGAUGUCUAAAGUAUGUAGACAGUUGCAACAAUAAGAAGAUCAUUCCUUCAAAACAUCAUUAAUAUUGGAUAUUCUAUAAUAAGUGUGUCACUAAUGGAAGAUAAUAUAGAAAACUGAAGUAUAUUUGAAAGCCAGCUUGGACAUACAAUGUCAAGUGCACAGUAAUUUCUGGAUUAAUGGAAAAAGAGGAACACAUAUUGAUAAUUAAAAAAUAACUAGGAACAGUGGAUAUUUAUAUAGGUUGUUUUUAUUUGAACAUAAUGGUAAAAUUGGAUAGGAAUUAGGAUAUCAAGUGCAUGCAUUUAAAUUAAUAGCAUAUCUUCUUUUCUGUUGUCACUCCAUUUCUGUCUCUUGGUUGGAGUUGACCCUCUAAAUUUCCAUAGGGUGCUGCAAAUCAACAUGGUCAAUGGCUUUGAUUCCCAUGAAUUGCUUUAUAGUAUCUGUUGAUAAGUUAUUGUGACUACUUAGUACUUGAAAACAGUGCGUACACCUUGUGCAAGAUCUUGUAUUGGGUGGAGGAUGGUCAUUCUUUGUUACAUCAGAGUGAGGUGUUGGGAAGAAAGCGGGAGAAUUUUCAGGAAAUGUAGUGAAUAGCAUGGGUGGGGGGGGGGUGGAAUUUGGAAAAGGAAACUUCUUUACUAACUUAUGGUUGGACCUUAAAUGGUUAUUGCACUUGGUGUCUCCCAUUGAGAGUUUAAAUUUGCAGUCAAAAUCUACUGAGUGAAUGAAUGUUGGGUACAUUCAUUUAGAGCAUGUAGUAUAAUGAUGUCUCCUAUGCAUCUUUGCUGUAUUUUUUGUUAUAUAUUCCCUAUAUUUUUUUAACCAUAACAUGUUUAGGCUAUCAUUUCCUGAGUCCUUGUUUCUUUUAUUGAUUGAAAUGUAAGCUAAAAUAAUUGAAGCCCUUCCCCCCUGUCAUAACAUACUAUGUCAUUUUUAGGAAGAGUUUUGAUUAAAAGGAGGCACCCAGACCGCUUCAUCUCAUUGAAGUUGUCUGGGUGCUUGUUUUCUUAACCCUGCAAUGUAAAACAUUGCAAUUUUAGAGAACUACAGAACUGUAAGACUGCCUCUAGUGGCUGUCUACCAGCGUUUGACACCGUGAAACAGCACUGGAUGUCCUCACGCUUUGCACAAGGACUCACUCGCCGUGCAUACGCUGGGAGGGAGGGAGAUCGAUGCUGGAAUCAGGUAAUUGUUUAAAUUUGUUUUAAUUUUUUUUUUUACCUAACUAAAGGCUAAUUCACUAUAGUCUAAAUGUUUUGCAGGUUUGCAGAAUUUCUCUACAACCACCCCUUAAUUAGGUAACUGUCUAGAUGGAGGAUGGUUGUGGUGUCUGUUGUUCCCAAUUUUCCAUGCACAAUGUGAUUAUAUUUUAACUGUUAAAUAAAGUAGAUUAGUAAGCAGCAGGGUUUGCCAAGGUUAGCUGAGAUUCAUGGGAAACUUGGAUGUCACUGUUCUAGGUGUCGUAGAGAAUACAAUGGCUCAGCACCACUUAUAAACCUGUAAUAUACUCGUGACCUAGUGGUGGAGCAGUAAAUCUUUGCUUGAAUGUAUCUCCUAUGUUUAUAGCCUUCUCUCUAUCACACAUGCUUUUAAAAGCAGACUAGAGAUCACAGUCUCUUAUAACAAAUGAGGUAAGUGAAGGUUGUAUUAAGUUCCCAGAUGCCUAAAAAUCUAUUUAUGGGUUUUCCUGCCAUCACCUAAGAGCACUGGUAAUAUUUUUAUACCGGUACUUUUCAUUGAUAGCUCUUCUCUUAAAGUCUUUUGUGUUUCAUGAUGUCAUUCUUCUAACGCCACUUUCUCACCUCAUCUAAUAACGAGUUAUAUUCUUUAAUGUUCUUCCAAAGCCUCAAAGCCCUUGUCUCUUAUACUAUCACCUGUAUCAUUAUAAUAUGUGUAUUUAAGGAACACUCCAACCAUCAUAAUCACUACAGCACAUUUCAGUGGUUAUGGUGCCAAGACUGCCCUGGCACCCGCUCCUUAUAAGUAGUUAAACUGUUUUAGAAUGGUUGGACUUCUUACCUGAAUUUCGCUGGGUUCUCCUCCCCACCUAUACUAAUGCUCAGUGAGAGCCAGUAGGUUUCUUCACUGACCAACGCUCAUUGACUGUAAAUGAUCAGCUAUUUCUCUCAGCCACUGUGCUAGCGCUGCACUGUAGGGUUUAGUUCAGGAGAGCUACUGGAAAAUCCUGAUCAGGAGCUUUCAUCGCUUACUGAGCACCAGUGGAGGCAGGGAGCAUCACCCAGUGGAUGUAGUCAAACUGUCCUAAAACAGUAUUACUCCUUACAAUGGCAGUGCACUCCUGGCACCAUAAUCACAACAGUGCAUUAUAGUGCUUGGACAGUUCCUUUAAAUGUCCUUUCUAAUAAUGUUAUAUUUUUCAUACAAAAAUAAUGUCCUUGAUAAUGUGGCAUAGUGAUAUAGUAGUAAUAUAGUUGGAAGCACAUAGAAUGUAUCAGUCUGUUCAUUGUAUUAAGACUGUUUCAUGUUCUGUUAGUAAAAUGUCAGAUUGGCAGCUUUGUAAAGAAAUAUAUUGCUGGUUAUACUGGUUUUCGAUUAUAGUGCAAUGGUGAAAUGUGUGACUAUACUAGAUUACGUGACUAUAAAGCACAAUAAUGUACUGUAUUCUAGGCCUACUUGAUUACUAGUGCUUUAACUUUCUGAGUAAUACAUAUGUUAAUAUCUGUAAAUGUUAAUAUUAUUUAAUAAAUAUCUGUAAAAUAUAGUUUUUUUUUAUUCUAUCUUGUGUGUAUCUAUGAGGUGGGGGGUGUCUGCCUGCUUGUUUCCC